CUCGGUUGAGCUGCUUGAAUUAAUUUUCCUUACCUCCCAUUUAUUACCUACCCAUGGUACUAAUAACCACGUUACCUAAGUCGAUCAUCAGGCUGAGAAUAGUAUUGUACACACGGUACCCUGGGACCUCUCAGAGCGGAAGUGGAUAGUGGAUCAUUUCUGACCUCCUGACAUCCCCAAGAUCCUCCCUAUCAUCAUUCUAUCUUUUUUUUGCGCUUAAUAACUGCCCUAUCUUUUCUUGGUCUUUUCCAAUCGCCCAAUCGCCAUAUCGUCAUCUGUUCAGCGACUUCACGCUGCUGAACACCACUUAGAAUUGCCGAAACUGGAUUGCCAGACCUAUAUUCCCCAUGGGCAACAGCCAAGGCAAGCCCGUUGACCUCAACGGCGAAGUAAACCUCAACCAUUUCCGAUUGUUACGAGUCGUCGGCCGAGGUGCUUUCGGUAAAGUACGAAUAGUCGAGAGGAAAGACACGGGCUUGUCGUUUGCCUUGAAAUACAUUCGUAAAGAUGAGGUCGUACGGUCCGAAAGUGUUCGAAAUAUUAUACGAGAACGACGCAUGCUCGAACAUGUGAAUCAUCCGUUUAUCUGUAACUUGCGAUAUAGCUUCCAAGAUAUCGAGUAUAUGUACCUUGUGGUCGAUUUAAUGAGCGGAGGCGAUUUACGUUUCCACAUUUCGAGGAAGACCUUCACCGAAGACGCUGUGCGGUUCUGGAUAGCUGAAUUGGGUUGUGCCCUCAGAUACAUACAUGGCCAAGGCAUAAUACAUCGAGAUGUCAAACCGGACAACGUGCUACUGGAUGCUGAUGGUCACGUCCACUUGACCGAUUUCAACGUUGCGUCUGAUGUGGUGCCUGGAAAGCUUCUCACUAGUAAAUCGGGAACUCUUGCCUACCUCGCUCCUGAAGUCUAUGCGGGCAAGGGCUACGACGUCAGAGCCGAUUGGUGGUCCCUAGGCGUGCUGUUCUAUGAAUGCAUAUACAAUAAGCGGCCUUUCGAGGGCAAUUCGGAAUCCACCUUGACGAACAUUAUCCUCGCUGCUAACCCGAAAUUUCCUGUCACCCAACCACCUGUCUCGCUACCGUGCCUAUAUGCCAUCGGUUCCGCUUUAAACCCGAACCCUGAUCAAAGGCUUGGUAAUACCUGGCAAAGCUUCAUAAACGAACCCUUCUUCCAAGCCAUUGACUUCGCCGCAUUGGAACGAAAGGAAUUAGAACCUAUAUUUGUUCCGUCGGCGGACAAGACUAAUUUUGAUGCCACCUACGAUCUCGAAGAGCUGCUGCUAGAGGAAGCGCCGCUGGAGGCUAGGGCGCGGAGACAGAAGCCUAGGGAGAAGCUGAAGGAUGAUGCCACGGAGAAGGAGAUCCGAGAAGAAGAGCUAUACCGUACCAUCGAACGAGAUUUCCAGCCGUUUGAUUAUACUGUGGCAGCGUACAAGAAGAUUGCGGGAUUGAAGGAAGGGGAAGGUUCGGAAGACCAUGAGUCGGCGCCUGGUCCAUCUCACGAAGAACCACAGGCUAUCAGUACCAACGAAGCCAAGCCGGCCCCAACCAACAAUGGAGUUUCACAGACACAGCACCAGUCUCCACCCGCACAAGACGGUUCACACUUGAACAGGAACUUUUCAAAUAACAGCCGUGCACCUAAGGCUCCACAACGAGCGGCACCGCCACCACUUCCUUCGUACCACCGCGCAUAUACUAAGAGUAUUUCAAGUUCGGCAGGCAUACAAGUCAAGUCCCCAACCGGUGGAAUAUCGGUAACGCUUGAGGACACCGGAAGUUGGUCAGAUUUGGCGCGUAGAGAUGCUACAUUGCCAACCGAUGCCAACGCUGUAAAUGACGAUAAGGCUUCUAGUGGAGGUGGCGGAGUCUUCGGUCUCUUUGGCAGGAAGAAAAGGGGUCAUAGUCCGAAGCCAAAAGAGAGGGGUGUUCUUGGCAAAGAAGGAGCACGACAGGUCGUCGGUUGAUUUUUCCGGCCCAAGCAUAAUUCUAUUUCAGCAACUUUUUGGGCGUCGGAAACUGGUUACGAGGGUUUCGUGGAACUCAUCCGCAUAUUAUACCCUCAUCCAUCACAUCACAUAAAUCCCCUUUAACAUUCACGAGCCCAAGCUGAGGUCGAGUGGCUUGUAAGCCAGUUCGAAUCUCCGUUGGUGAAGGAUUGAAUGCGACUCAACCAUCGGGCGGAUUACGAUUUCUAUCAGUUUCAAACGAAUACGGACACCCCCAUAUCAUGAGUGACGAACCAAGCCGUUAUUCCUCUCAUU